AUGUCCCGUGUUGCCAGCCUGUCCAAGCUGCGGCAGGAGAGGAUGAGGGAGAUUAACUUGAGGAAUAAAGAACGAGAGCGCAUGAGGGAGCGAGAGAAGGCGGCGCGUGAGAGGGAGGCCCGCUAUAACAACGGUCACCUCUUCACCUCCCUCACAGUGUCGGGAACAACGCUAUGCUCGGCGUGCAACAAGAGCAUCACGGCCAAGGAGGCGCUCUGCUGUCCCACAUGUAACGUGACCAUCCACAACCGCUGCAGAGACGCUUUGCCAAACUGCGCCAAAGUCAAACAGCGGCAGCAGAAGACAGCCUUAAUGCGUAAUAACUCAUCUUUGCAGAAUGUCACACUGCGUACAAGAAACCCGGUUAUGCGUGAGCGUCCCACAUCAGCUAUAUACCCUUCUGAAAGCCUUCGCCAUUCCCUUCUCGGAUCCCGCCGGGGACGCUCUGGGCUAACCCUUUCUAAAAGUGUCUCCACAAACAAUAUUGGGAAUUUGAACGACGACUCUCCUCUGGGCCUGCGGCGAAUCCUGUCCCAGUCCACUGACUCCCUCAGCUUUAGGAAUAGGACUAUGUCAGUGGAGUCCCUCAACGAUGAUGGGGACUACUACUAUACUUCCAUUCUGGAGGAGAUGGAGCUGGAGGGCGAGGACUUCAAGGCGGACUCGUGGAGCAUGGCGGUGGACACCAAUUACCUGCACGCGCAUAGCAAAAACGUCAUCAAGAGACAGGAUGUCAUUUAUGAGUUGAUUCAGACCGAGGUGCACCACAUGCGAACACUGCGUAUUAUGGAGCGGGUGUUCCGCCAGGGCCUGCUGGAGGAACUGCAGCUGGACCCGAGCACCAUCCACGCCCUGUUCCCCUGCCUGGACCAGCUGAUCAGCAUCCACUCGCACUUCCUGGUACAGCUGCUUGUACGGCGCAACUCCAGCCUGCAGCCCGAGUCCGACUGCAACUUCACCAUACACCGCCUUGGCGACAUACUGCUUGAGCAGUUCUCUGGCCAGAGUGCAGAUGACAUGCAGAAGACCUACGCCGAAUUCUGCAGUCGUCACAUGAGAGCGGUCAAGUUGUAUAAGUCGCUCUUGGGUAGAGACAAGAGAUUUCAGUGUUUCAUUCGGCGUGUAACUCGAGGUCCCUGGUUACGUUGCCAUGGCUUCCAGGAAUGCAUUUUGUUGGUGACUCAGCGCAUAUCUAAGUAUCCUGUCCUUAUUCAACGGAUUUUGGACAACACUGUCGAAGAUGAAGAAGAAGCAGCCUCCAUAGCGCAGGCUCUGUCUAUGGUCAGAGAUCUUCUUAAUUCAAUAGAUCAGCAGAUGGAGGAGCUGGAAAAGACGCAAAGAAUGCAAGAAAUCCACGCCAAGCUUGACCAGCGAGCCGAGACCAGGGUGAGAGACGGCGGACUUUUCCGACCCGCCGAGCUUCUGCGGCGCAAGCUCGUUUACGAAGGAACGCUGCUCUGGAAGACCCCAGGAUCCCGACCAAAAGAUGUUAAGGUCUUACUGAUGACGGACAUCCUGGUAUUCCUUCAGGAGAAAGACCAGAGGUACAUCUUUCCAUGCCUGGACAAGCCUCCCGUGCUGUCCCUGCAGAACCUCAUUGUUCGAGACAUAGCCAAUCAGGAGCGAGGCAUGUUCCUCAUUAACGACUGCUCGCCGCCGGAGAUGUACGAAGUGCAUGCCCUCUCCAGGGAAGACAAGAACAUGUGGAUACGGCAAAUCCAGCACACCGUCAGCAAGUGUCCAUCCCGUGAAGAGUUCCCUCUUAUAGAGACAGAACACAAGGCCCAUCUGAGGAGACUUAAAGCGGACCUUCAGCAGAAGGACCGUGAAAUGUUGGAGCUCUUGCAGGAGAGGGUGACGCUGUUUUGCGAGCUGGCCCAGGUGACCAGUUGCCAGGACGACCUGGAGCCACCUGUUACUCGUUAUUUGUUCAGAGCAGACACUCCGCAAGCGCCGCGGGCCGAGAAGUUCCUACUGGAUGCCACAGUCGAAGUGGACCAACUGAGUGAACUCCUGCUGGGCUCCAGUGUUGACGUUCCUCUCUUGUGCCAUCACAAUCACAUGGACAUGACUGACACAAGUGAUCAGGAGUUUCUCAUAAAUGGAGCUCAUGAUCUACCAGCAGCAAAAGAAGUCUGUCAGAGGCUGAUGAAUCUCAGUGUUUACCUCCAUGCACUCCAGGCCGCUGUCAUCAAGCAAGACUCCAUCUUGGAGCUGCUGCUGCAGCAGGAGGACACAGCGGCAUCUCCGGCAUCAGCGGGUUCCUGGCGGCAGAACCGCGAUGCCGGCAGUGGGUCAACCAUCGGCGAGCUGGCCCUCCUGCAGAGGCAGCACAGUCUGCUGCAGGAGGAGCUGUUGAGGCUACGCGACGCCGAGACUCGGCUUAAGGAUAGCGAGAAGGCCCGGGCCAAGCUGGAGAAGCAGGUCCGACACAUGAAGGUCUGCGGCGAGGGGGCGACCUCGCAGGAUCAAGGGGAGCCACCCGCUCAACCUGGAAGAGAGGGCUUGAGCGCAGCCCCACAGUGGGACAACCAGGUACAUCAAUCAAACACUCCUCAGAGGGGCAGCGACGAGGAGGUCAACAUGACGUCUGAUGAUGACGAUGACGUUGAAGAAGAAGAGGAGGAAGUAUCAGAAAGCUCCAGAGAUUUUCAGGAUAUACCAGAAGAGAUCUGA